UUCAGCUGGUGCUUUUCCUGUGCUUGACAGCUGUCACUGUACACUGAGGUCAAGAGGAGAGAAGAAGCAUGGCUGCGUUGUUUAGAGGGUCAAGACAUUUACUGUUAAGGUGGAAUAAACAUGUCGACCUUGCUUUCGUGUCGACGCGAUCAAUGGCCUCAAAAACACCAGUGGGGUUUGUUGGUCUGGGAAACAUGGGCACUCCCAUGGCCAGAAACCUGUUGAAAAACGGUUAUCCCGUUAUUGCCACUGAUGUCUUCCCUGAGUCUUGCAAGGAGCUGCAGGACAUCGGUGCCCAGGUAGUAGACACUCCAGGAGAGGUGGCGGAGAAAGCAGACCGCAUCUUCACAAUGCUACCUUCCAGUCCCAACGUCAUUGAAGUCUACAUGGGCCCAAAUGGCAUCCUCAAGAAGGUGAAGAAGGGAACGCUGUUGAUUGACUCCUCCACCAUCGACCCUGCCGUCUCAAGAGAGAUGGCAGUCGCUGCAGAGAAGAUGGGUGCCGUGUUCAUGGAUGCUCCAGUGUCAGGAGGUGUCGGGGCUGCCAGCUUGGCCAAACUGACCUUCAUGGUAGGUGGAGUGGAGGAGGAAUACCACGCUGCACAGGAGCUGCUCACCUGCAUGGGAGCCAAUGUUGUCUACUGUGGAGGGGUUGGCACUGGACAGGCAGCUAAGAUCUGCAACAACAUGCUCCUGGCCAUCGGGAUGAUUGGGACCGCAGAGACCAUGAACCUGGGCAUCAGACUGGGUUUGGACCCCAAGCUGCUGACAAAGAUCCUCAACAUGUCCUCAGGUCGUUGCUGGUCCAGCGACGCGUACAAUCCAGUCCCCGGCGUCAUGGAGGGAGUCCCGUCGGCCAACAAUUACCAGGGCGGCUUUGGAACCACACUAAUGGCCAAGGAUCUUGGUUUGGCUCAAAACACUGCCACCAACACUAAGACACCCAUUCCUCUGGGUUCCCUCGCCCACCAGAUCUUCCGAGUCAUGUGCUCCCGCGGCUACGCUAACAAGGACUUCUCAUCCGUCUUCCAAUUCCUACGCGAGGAGGAAGGACAGUGAAUGGAGGGGGGGAGCACAGAUGACUGUGAUGUUACCAUACACACACACACACACACUACAGUACAACCACCCACACACACACACACACACACACCCCAGUGCCCCUUAUCCCACUAUGCUCAGGAGAGACUAAGGCCUUGCCCUCAGGCUCAGAUCUGUGGUCCAAUUAACAUACUGUAUGUCGGCACAUGUCUCCCCUCGUAACAUUAGCUGAAUCAUAUUUUCAAUUCACAGCUCUCUCUCUGCAUGGGGGAAAUGCUAAAACUGACCUUAGAUCAGUAUCCAGAGACAAAGCAACUCUCAUCCCAGUCUGGGAUCCCAGUCUGGAAUGAGAAGCCAGAAUGGAAAAUGAGUGGUAGGAUGAGGCGCUGCAGGUUCAUAUGUACCAAUGCAAAUGAUAUGUGGUUUUUCAGGAUGAUUGAUAAGUAAUAACUGCAUGAUUGCUAAAAGUUUAAGUAUGCUUUUGUCAGGUUUGUGCUAUUUUGCCUGUUACCCAAAAGACUUGGACCUGUCCUUGCUAAUGAAAGAGGACAGAAAAGAAAAAAACAAGCUACAGUAAGGAUUCAGAUAUGGAAAUUUCAUUGACGAGACAAUGAAAGAGAUUGCAGAGAUCAGGUUACUACUGGAGAAAACAAUCCCAUAUUCACAACACUACAUGUAAAGUAACCAAAGUUGGCCACACUGUGGGCUCAAAGUUCACUUGUUUUGUUACAUUUGUCUGUUUUCGGCAGGAAGGUGGGGUCAUUCAAUCGCCUACUACUCCCCUGAAUCAUGCUGCCUGCAUAUAUACGGUACUUUCAUUCACUCACUGGAUCGACCACUUAAGCUCAGUUAAAUACUGUGAAAUAUAUUUGGUUAUUUUUGCACUGUGUGCGUCGCAUUGCGAUGCGCCGGGCCAUUUUGAUACAGUUACAGAAUCUCUUUGAACUUACCUCUCAUCUCUACUGUCUACUUCUGCUUAUCGAGCCACUGGAGUAUUAUUUUGUGACCAACACUGUUUGAAUUUUAUACUGUUCACUACAAAACUGUUAUUCUCAUUGUCUAGAGCUAGCUCUUGCCCAUUAUGGCUUCAAUUAAAGUCCACACAUAUUUCUCCUCUCUCUCUCUCUCUCUCUUUCUGUCUCCGUCUCUCUCUCUCUCAACUUGUACGACAUCUCUGUAAGCGAGGAACAGUUCCUCCCUGCUCUGAACAAAUGUACAUAAUGUAUAUUUCAUAUUGGUGCGUAGUAUUGAAGAGGAAUCUAAAUGGACUGUCAACUUUUUGUAGUAAAAAUCAUUAAUAGUGUCUACAGUUUGUCUUUGCUCUGUGAAACAGAUCCUCAGUCACACUGUAGCCUAAAAUAAAAGAUGUUCUGUGUAUCUGC